AUGGCACCCAAAACUGACUUACCCGAUUUCAAUGGAUUCAUUAACAAAGGACGUGAGCGUCGCAAGGAUGAGCUUCUAGCAAACAAAUUCCUGGGCAAGAAUCGUCGAGCAAGUGCGCCAGGAGCGACAAACAACAAUCGCAAGCCAGGCGCUGGUCCCUCACUCGCAAGCAGAAUGGGUGUUGGAAAGCGCGGCCUGGCUACACCCAAACCUGCACCAAGGCAGAAUUCCACACCUACUGUCGGAAAUGUUGAUGCGGAAUGGACUCAUGAUCUGCACUCUCUUAAUAACCCAGGCAGUUCCAGAACAUCUCAAAACCCUCCUCGUGGCCCUAAGAAUAUCAAUACGCGUGCGCGCAAUGAUCGACUUGCGAAAGCUUUCAACGGCUCAGCAUCAACACCGAACUUGAACGCUCAGUAUAAUAUCGUUGGAAAGUCGAAGGCGACUAAGAGUAUGUCCAUCAAGGGACUCGCAGGACCAUACAUUGUAAUGGCAGAAAACUUCGCGCGAGGCACUUCAGCACAAGACAUCGAGACGGCGAUGACACCAGUUGGUGGACCUCCACUAAGCUGCCGCCUUAUCUCUGAUUACCCCAGAAUUAUCGCUGAGAUCAUUUUUGAUACGAAAGAUGGAGCUGACAAUGUCAUUGAUACAUUCAACAACCAAGAGGCGGAUGGUAAUUUAUUGAACGUUUACAACAAGUCGGGAGCUCCUGCGCCAACGCUUCAACCUGCUAGCCAACGUUCUGCUCCUCGAUUAGGCGUUCCUACAGGUCCAAGAGCUAGCCGUGUUGAGCGCAGUACAGGUUCUGAUAGCUAUGAUUCAAGAUAUGAUAGCUCGCGAAGUUCUCGGGAUGAUAUUAUCGAUGGCUCCUACGGAUUUGACGAUCGCAUGGAUACCGAUGACCGGGAUGGGGGCAGUCGUACCAACGCUAGAAGCCAAGGACUUUACAGCGACAACCUUGUAGGAGGUCGUGCUGGCAACAGCAAUAACCGUAAUGGCAAUAAUUGGAAUGCCGGGCGAGGAAAUGAUAGGAAUCGCAGCUAUAGAUGA